UUUGAACCACAGUAAAUAUAUGCGGAAUUUUUGCUGUGAUUUGAUGCUUGUUUCCCCCCCAUUUGAGGCGUGUCGACAAGAACCGGAUGUGACGUCAUGUGAAAUCCAGCAAUUGGAAAAUAGGUCUUUUAAUCACUUGUAUUUUCCACUGUAUCCGGCUAGUGGCAGUAUGGCGCGCACCACAGAGAAAAACACACCGAAGAAGAGAAUGAUCAGUCUGCGGUUACUAAGACAACGAAAGAAGCGUGAGAUUCAAUAUGGCGAAUGCUCGACUACAACUGCAGUAGUUGUUGUUUACCAUACACGGCGCUACCAGGCGGGUAAAGAGGUUCUUGUUCGCAGUUCAGUUGUUCCAUAGGCACACCGUUUUUCAACCAAGAUGGAGAAUGAAGAGACAGCAUUGGCUUUAAUCAGAUACUAUUGCAAUGAAAAGUACUUCAACCACGCUGUGGAUGCUGCAGCAGCUGCGCUAACAAAAUUCAGAGGCGACCCUGUUCUGCGUUUCCUUCAUGCUUAUGGCACUUUAAUGCAAGAUCAUAUUGGAGAAGCCACAGCAGAGCUGGACACAAUAAAAGACACGCCAGACAUGUCCCUCUGCACUCUGAUGGCACUCGUCUAUGCUGAGAAAAAGAAGACAAAACCAGACAAAGAAGUCAUUCAAGAACUGGAAACUAAAAUUAAAGAGGAUCGCAAAAGCGCGUCUCCUCAGAGUCUGUAUCACGCCGGGAUGUUUCUCUGGUUGCUGGGCCGACAUGACAAAGCACGGGAAUACACAGAGCGAAUGAUCAAACUCUCCAAUGGCUCCAAACAGGGAGUCAUCCUGAAAGCAUGGAUAGACGUGACAUGCGGGAAAGAAGCAUACGCCCGAAAGGCUGGAAAAUACUUUGAUGAAGGACUCAAAGAUGGAGCAGAUGUUUUUGCUGUAAUGGGAAAGGCACAAUACUAUGAAUAUCGGCAGAACUACUCAGGAGCAUUGGACGUGGUCAACAAAGUGAUUGCCAGUUUCCCCACCUUCUUGCCUGCUCUCAUUAAGAAGAUGAAGCUGUUUUUAAACCUCCAAGACUGGGAGCAAACCACGGAGACGGCUAUCAGGGUUCUCCAAAUGAAUAAAAAUGACUUGGAUGCUCUACAGAUGCUAACGCUGCAUUGUUUAUGUAAAAAUGGAGAUAUAGCUGAGUCGACAAAGCACCUUUCCAACAUCACCAGCAGCCUGGACGCACGGGAGCCACACAAUCCCGAGCUGGCGUACAGGACGUCUCUCGCAUUUAGCAGAGUCUGCGCGCGGAACGAGAAAGUGCUGGAGCAGGUGUUCAGGAUGGUGGAGAAAGCCUUCAGUGCGGCACCAGGGAACUCCGAUAUUGCCACAGAGUUGGGCUAUCUUCUGGUCCUUCAGGGUAGAAUCAAGGAGGCCAUGAAGUGGUAUAAGACUGCCAUGACGCUGGACGAGACCAGCCUCUCUGCACUGACUGGUAUCAUUCGGUGCCAGUUGAUAGAGGGCCGCCUUGAAGAUGCGGACCAACAACUGGAAUUCCUCACAGAAAUUCAGCAGUCAAUAGGAAAAUCAGGGGACCUCCUGUAUCUGCGUGCGCUGGUGGCGGUGAAGAAGCACCGGCCCCAAGAAGAGGUAACCAAGCUGCUGGAUGACGCCGUGGAAACCCACUUCUCUACUCUGCAGGGUCUACCUCUGAGUGUGGAGUACUUUCAGAAGCUCAACCCUGACUUCCUGCUGGAGAUCGUCAAGGAGUAUCUAGCCCUGUGCCCUGCUAAGCCUGCGGCUCAGGGCCAGUCUCCUCCUCCGCAGCUCAGACGCUGUGCCGCCUUGUUGGAUACCGUGGUCAAGAUUGUACCGGGUCUCCUUCAAGGGGUCUUCCUCCAGGCCAAAGUCAGAUACCAGUCUGGCGAUGUUGAUGCUGCUCAGAGCAGUCUGCAUCACUGUCUGGAACAAUGCCCUUCUCACACUGACGCCCAUCUGCUCAUGGCACAGAUCCACUUGUUGCGUGGGAACUCCUCUUUGUGUUUCCAGUCACUGGAAGUCUGCCUCAGCCACAACUUUCAGAUUCGAGAACAUCCAUUGUACCUCCUGAUCAAAGCUCAGGCAAAGAAGAAAACGGGAGAGCUGACGGAGGCUAUCCAGACUUUACAAAUGGCAAUGAGUCUUCCUGGCGUCUGCAGGGCCGGAUCAGCAAAGUCCAAAAGCAGGACGAUGGAGCUGAGUCCUGCAGACUGUGUCUCCAUCUUCUUGGAGUUAGCUGAGGCCCUGUGGCUUAAUGGAGAGCAGCAUGAAGCAGCCAAGGUCAUGCAGGACGCCAUCAACGAGUUCUCUGGGACUCCCGAAGAGCUUCGCGUCACGAUUGCCAACGCGGACCUGGCCUUGCUUCGAGGCGACACUGAGCUGGCACUGAGCAUGCUCAGAAACAUCACACCCGAGCAGCCGUACUACAUCCAAGCCACGGAGAAGAUGGCAGACAUUUACCUGAACCACAAAAAGGAUAAGCAUCUGUAUGUAAGCUGUUACAGGGAAAUUGUGGACAAGCUACCGAGUCCUCACACAUUAGUCUUACUGGGGGACGCUUACAUGCACAUUCUCGAGCCGGAGAAAGCCAUUGAGGUCUACGAGCACGCCCUGGAGAAAACGCCCAAAGAUGGCGCUCUGGCCAGCAAGUUUGGGAAAGCUCUGGUCAAGACUCAUUACUACGCCAAGGCAAUACAUUACUAUGAAGCCGCCCUGAAGACCGAGCAGCAGAACUUCCUGCGCUACGACCUGGCGGAGCUGCUGAUGAAGAUGAAGCAGUACGAGCGCUGUGAGAAAGUUCUGCAUGAUGCUCUCUCCCAUGAGCCAGUGAACGAAGUGGCUGGCCUCUCGGAGGAUUGCCGGUAUCUGCUGCUGCUGGCAAAGGUCCAGAAUAAGGUUGAUAAAACAGAAGAAGCCUUGCUGUCCCUGCAAAGGGCGCGAGACGUCCAGGCCAAGGUGCUGAAGCGAGUGGAAUCGGAGGCGCCUGACGCCGUCCCCGCGCAGAAGCAGCUCGCCGCCAAGAUCUGCGCUGAGAUCGCGCAACACUACACCAGUCAGAGGGGCUACGAGAGAGCCAUCAAGUUCUACAAAGAAGCGCUUGUGUAUUGUGAGAGCGAUCACAAGGUGAUGCUGGACUUGGCGCAGAUGUUCCUCACCCUAGACGAGGUGGAUGCGUGCCAGGAGCAAUGCAGCGUCAUCUUGAAGAAGGACCAGUUUAAUGAGGAUGCAACUCUGAUGAUGGCUGACCUUAUGUUCAGGAGGCAAGACUAUGAGCAGGCGGUCUUCCGCUAUCAGCAACUGUUGGAGCGCAAGCCAGACAACUACCCAACUCUAUCCCGCCUUAUUGACCUGCUGAGGAGGGCAGGGAAGUUGGAAGACGUGCCCAGAUGUUUUGAUAGGGCAGAAAAACAUUCUUCCAGGGCCAAGUUUGACCCCGGCUUCAACUACUGUAAAGGACUUUAUCUUUGGUACACAGGGGAACCUAAUGCAGCUCUGCGGCACUUCAACCAGGCACGUAGAGACAAUGACUGGGGUCAAAAUGCCAUCUACAACAUGAUAGAAAUCUACCUCAACCCUGACAACGACACCAUGGGAGGAGAAGUGUUUGAGAAUUUGGAUGGUGAAAUCGGGAACUCCACGGAGAAGCAGGAGACGGAGCAGGUUGCCUUGAGAACGGCCGAGAGGCUGGUGAAGGAGAUCAAGCCGCAGACGCCAGGAGGACACGUCCAGCUGCGUAUCCUGGAGAACUACUGUUUACUGGCCACCAAGCAGAAGGCCAACAUCGAGAAAGCCCUCUCGGUGUUCACAGAGAUUGCAACCAAUGAGAAAGACCACGUACCAGCACUGCUGGCCAUGGCAACGGCCUACAUGAUGCUCAAACAAACUCCCCGAGCGAGGAACCAACUCAAACGCAUCGCAAAGAUGACUUGGAACAUUGUUGACGCUGACGAGUUUGAGAAGAGCUGGCUGCUCCUGGCGGAUAUUUACAUCCAUUCCGGGAAGUACGACCUGGCCGACGACCUCCUAAAGAGAUGCCUCAAUCAUAACAAGUCGUGCUGUAAAGCCUACGAGUAUCGGGGCUUCAUCAUGGAAAAGGAGCAGGCCUUCCGGGACGCGGCAUUCAACUACGACCUGGCCUGGAAAUAUGGAAACCAGUCCAACCCGUCUAUUGGGUACAAGCUGGCGUUCAACUUCCUGAAAGCAAAACGGCAUUUUGACGCCAUUGAUGUGUGCCACAAGGUGCUUUCUGCUCAUCCAAAUUAUCCAAAAAUGAGGAAGGACAUCUUGGACAAAGCUCGCGCUGCCUUGAGGCCGUGACAUGUCUCCUUCAGCUGAGGCACAGGUGUCACACUCGAGGCCGCCACAUCGCAAUGCCUGGAAAUAAUGCACGUCAAAAAUGUGUUGUCAAUUUUUACACAACAAAUAUACAUAAGUUUACAAAAAAAGGUGUCCUGGCAUGUAUUGGGAGAUUUUGUUGUCGUUGUGGUUUGGGUGGAAUACCCCUCCGUCCACACAAACCAACCCACUGUAUCUUAAUGACUGUUGUUUGGUACCAUGAGUGAAGGCUUGGAUCUCACACCAUCCCCUCUGCCUAAAACUGUCCUAUCUAGCCAGAAUUGGCAACUACACCACUGGUGCCCUGUGCUCUUCCCUGAUGAGAGCAAGUUCAACCUGAGCACAUGCGACAGACGUGAAAGGGUCUGGAGAUGCCGUGGAGAACGUUAUGCUGCCUGCAACAUCAUUCAGCAUGACCGCUUUGGUGGUGGGUCAGUGAUAGUCUGGGGAGGCAUAUCCCUGGAAGGACGCACAGACCUCUACAGGUUAGAUAACGGCACCCUGACUGCUAUUAGGUAUCGGGA